AUGCUUAGAACAAACAUCCAAAGAUUAAGAUUAUCCACUAUCCCAAGAUCAAACUUCAUCAGAUCUUUAGCCACCGCUCCAACCAUCCCAGAAACUCAAAAGGGUGUCAUCUUUUAUGAAAAUGGUGGUGAAUUACACUAUAAAGAUAUCCCAGUUCCAAAACCAAAACCAACUGAAAUUUUAGUCAAUGUUAAAUAUUCAGGUGUUUGUCACACUGAUUUACACGCUUGGAAAGGUGAUUGGCCAUUAGCUACAAAAUUACCAUUAGUUGGUGGUCAUGAAGGUGCAGGUAUCGUUGUUGCUAAAGGUGCUGAAGUUAAAAAUUUCGAAAUUGGUGAUUACGCAGGUAUCAAAUGGUUAAACGGUUCAUGUAUGUCUUGUGAAUUGUGUGAAAAUGCUUAUGAAUCCAAUUGUGCCCACGCUGAUUUAUCAGGUUACACUCAUGAUGGGUCCUUCCAACAAUAUGCUACUGCUGAUGCCGUGCAAGCUGCUCAAAUUCCAAAAGGUACUGAUUUAGCUGAAAUUGCUCCAAUCUUAUGUGCCGGUGUCACCGUUUACAAGGCUUUGAAAUCUGCUCAAUUAAAAGCUGGUCAAUGGGUUGCCAUCUCUGGUGCUGCUGGUGGGUUAGGUUCAUUAGCUGUUCAAUAUGCUAAAGCUAUGGGUCUAAGAGUUUUAGGUAUUGAUGGUGGUGCUGAAAAGGAAAAAUUGUUCAAAUCCUUAGGUGGUGAAGUUUUCAUUGAUUUCACAAAGGAGAAAAACAUUGUUGAAGCUAUUCAAAAUGCUACUCAAGGUGGUCCUCAUGGUGUUAUUAACGUUUCAGUCGCUGAAGCUGCCAUUUCUCAAUCAACUGAAUAUGUUAGACCAACUGGUAAAGUUGUCUUAGUUGGUUUACCAGCUAAUGCUGUUUGUAAAUCUGAAGUUUUCUCCCAUGUUGUUAAAUCUAUCAAUAUCAUUGGUUCUUAUGUUGGUAACAGAGCUGAUACUAGAGAAGCUAUUGAUUUCUUUUCAAGAGGUUUAGUUAAAUCACCAAUUAAAGUUGUUGGUUUAUCUGAAUUACCAGAAGUUUAUGAAUUGAUGGAACAAGGUAAAAUCUUGGGUCGUUAUGUUGUUGAUACUUCAAAAUAG